UUCCCUAUCUCGCCUAAACACUUUUUAGCAGAACGCCACUCAUUAAACGUGUGCUAAUUGCAUUCCCGGCAUGUGUCAGAAGGAAGCUUCCGGCCGUUUUUCCCAGCAUUCCUUGUUUACUUCCGGGUUUGUUAAUACUGAGGGGAGAACGUGGGCCAGGCCAGAAAGGGGAGCUCAGGGACCUUCCAGAGAGUGAGACCUGGCGCCCCUCUCCCGCUCCCCACAGCCUUUUAUCCCCGCCAUGGCAGAGCUGAUCCAGAAGAAGCUGCAGGGAGAAGUGGAGAAAUAUCAACAGCUACAAAAGGACUUGAGUAAAUCCAUGUCAGGGAGGCAGAAGCUUGAGGCACAACUAACGGAAAAUAAUAUCGUGAAGGAGGAACUGGCCCUGCUGGAUGGGUCCAACGUGGUCUUUAAACUUCUGGGUCCUGUGCUGGUCAGACAGGAGCUGGGGGAGGCUCGGGCCACAGUGGGGAAGAGGCUGGAGUAUAUCACAGCUGAAAUUAAGAGAUAUGAAUCCCAGCUCCGGGACCUUGAGCAGCAGUCAGAGCAACAGAGGGAAACCCUUGCUCAGCUGCAGCAGGAAUUCCAGCGGGCCCAGGCGGCAAAGGCAGGGGUUCCUGGGAAGGCCUGACCCCAUGGUGGGGGAGUGGAGGGAAAGAGGCAGCUCUGGGAUCUAUACUGUAGCUAAUAAAAUGUAAACAUACCUGG